ACCCCGGCACCACGGGAGAUAAGACUCACAAGUCGGUGUAUGUUGUGCUGUGCGGAUAGCUAUCUCCCAGUGUGCCGUGUUGGAGGAACUUUGCCAAAGUCAGUUAUUGUUUAAAGACUUCAUGCCAAACAACGUUUUAUGUUAAGAAGUAGUAGUUUGAGUUACGCAGAUCCAGAUGGUAUAGUCAAGAUAAACAUUCUAGAAAAGGUGAGAAAAAAUAAGAGACAUUCCGAUAAGAACUAAAUCGUAUGUUAUCAUUUGACGGAACAGCUGGUGUUCUCACGUCAGAGUAUACACGGGAGAAGAAACUAUGAAGUGAAGAUAUCCAAGUCAAGGAAAACGUUUAACAAACAGUCGUUGUCACAACACUCGCCUGCUAAAAGUGGAAAGGAAUAUUAAAAGCAAAAGAAGGCUGUUUUUGAAAUAAGACAAUAUUUACUGAAAUGGACAAGUGCAACCAAGUGGCCAAUCCUGUAAACAGGAAAGAGUGUAUCACGUAAUAAACAGUGGCCUCCCGGAAGAGACGAUAUAAAAACCUAUCUCGAAGCCAGUUGAACUUAUUUAUUUCUCCUGCAUCUCACACCCCCAGCCCCCUCCCUGCACAACAAAUUGUCCGGGUGGAUUUCUUGGCCAGUAGUCCUUAGAGAUUAAGGAAGGGAUUAGCCAAAGGAGGGGGAGGUUUACCAGGCCCGGAUUAACGGUGAUAGAAGAGUUGAGGCGUUGAGCAUGACACGUCCGGACCUGAGCAAGGCGAUCUUGAGAGUAAAAGGAUUUAGACGACAACAGCGACCAAGUGUCUAAUUCGGAUCCCUGGGUCCUCAUGGCACGAGAAGUGUAUUGGUGGAAGUGCAUCUGGGCUUGGACGGCCAUAUUGGCCCUGUCCUCCCCUCUAGCGGCCGGAGGGGGAGUUAAGGGAGAGCCGAGGGUCACGGAGAAAUGGGAGAGCAGGAAGGUCGUCAGGGAGGGAGACUUCGUGAAGCUGAUGUGUCCCAUCACGGCAAGUCCGGAACCCUUCUUCGAGUGGUCCAAGGGGACAGAAGCAGUCAAAACAACAUGGGAGAGAUAUACCCCGAAGAAGCACCAGCUGCGGAUCAAGUCUGCGCAGGUGACAGACUCGGGUACUUACCACUGUUACGGAGUCAAUGGCUUCGGUAAAGCCGAAGCUUCAAUGCAUCUCAUCGUGUUGGGCAAAAAUGAGCCGAACGGGGAUGUGUCCAUACCUAUCCUGACGAUGGUUUGGCCUGAGGGCAACCAGCAGAGAAGGAUUGGAGAGCCCCUCACCCUCACCUGCAAGGCCAAGGGCCUGCCAACUCCCACCGUCGCUUGGUUCAAGGAUGACCUUUCACUGGGCAAGAUCGGUGAUCAGUUGACCUUCAACGGCCUGCAAUCAACAGACACAGGUAUCUACACCUGUAAAGCCUCUUCGUCCCUCGGGGUCGUAACAGCCAAUUUUUCCAUCAACGUUCUUGAGCCCAAGAAGGAACCGGAGCUGGACAUAAGCGAGGCAGUGAAUCAAACAGUUUUCGAGGGAGAGAGUACCUCACUGCAGUGUACCGUCCGUACCUCGCAUACGCCAGAAGUACAGUGGCUGAAGAAGGUCAACCCCGAGUCGUUUGAGGGCGGCAAGAUCCCCAACAAGACCAUACCGAUCGGCAACCAACACUACCGACGGGUCGAGACGGCAGCGCCUGUCGUGGCGAAGGGUGGCAACACCUACCUCUCCAAACUGACGAUCGUCAGGGCGGUGCCAGAGGACGCGGGGAUCUACGCCUGCCUCGGUGCCAACAACCUCGGCUACGACUACAGAGAGGCGCACCUGACCGUCUUGAGCAGGCGAGAUGGAGUCCAACGCGCCCCUCCCGUCGGCCCCAAAGAAAAGAACAUCAACUGGUUCUUCUUAAUCAUCCCAGCUGUCGUCAUCUUGGUCGUAGUUGUUGUGGCAAUCAUGUGCCAGAUGAGAAAAACCGCCCCUGACAAACCGGUGGGCGUCUCCCCACCCACACCCGUGCUGAAAGGCGACGACACCUCGGCCCUAGCACCUCUAAAUCCAGACUCCCAUGGUCACCUGCCACGCCCUCCUGACCUCGUCUAUCAGGAGGUCAGCGGAUACCCAGGCAACACCAUGAGGGGACCUCACACAAACAAUUAUAAGGACCAGUAUCCGAGCCCAUAUCCGGAUUCCUAUCCGGAUUCCUAUCCAGAACCGGCGUACUCCGAUCCGUAUUCUGGAGAGAGGGGUCCUACAAGGGCUUCUGAGCACAGUUACGCCCGUCUCACUCACCCAUCCCAUCCUUCGCAUCCGUCUCUCGCAUCUCAUCCUUCCCACACCUCUCACGCGUCCUCCAGCCCACAUCUCCCACCCCCCUACGCCCACACUCACGUACAUGGACACGCCCAUUCACACUCCCACACACACAGACAUCCGCAGUAUUUCGUUCACUAUAAUUUAUAGAAUUUAGUUUAAAUCAUAAAGGAUCGCCAAAACGCUUAUUGUAUUCGAGAAAACACAUUUUCUACGAGAAAAUGGAAUCGGAAACGAAGUAUGUGAUUGCUGUAGAAAAUGGGAGAUUGAAAAAAGAAAGUGGGAAAUGGCAGUGCCACCGCCUAAAUGCAAACAUAUAUAGAAAGAAGAAAGAGAAAGAGAAAGGGAGAAAGGAGAAAAUAACCCCGGUGGUUUGACAAGCAUCAAGUGCUGGUUGAUGAUAAAGUUAACAGACACGGGAGGCGGAUUAUGAAUGACGUAUUGUUACAGCCUUCAGGUCUGGGAGAAGACGCGUGAUGAAGGUGAUGGCCGAGCCAAUAGAAAGAAUCAUGAUUAAAGAUCUGACGGGUGGCAGGAAGAUGGAGAGUCGUUGGUACAAGUGACGGUUUAAAAAGUGCGGACUCAUCGUUCCUUUGAGCCUCUGACGGAAGUGUGAAUGGAUUAAUCUUGCUACUGUGUUGGAGGGAGGUGUUAACGAUGUCCUUUGUAUCUUUUACCAGAGGGACGAGUGGAUGAGCGCGGUAUGAUGUGCGAUACCAUCUGGAUUUCUUAGUUAGCUUUCGGCAGUGACUUGCACAAGCAUUUGUCAGGGAAUAAUGAAAAAAUUCAGUGAUGCCAAGAGAGUGAUGAUGAGUGAAAGGGAAAAGUUAAUUUCAUUUUUUUAUGAGAAACACGUUUGUUUUAGGAAUUAUGAAAAGGUUUUGUACUAACCAGUGAUAAGAAAUUCCCUUUCAUCUCAUUGGUGCCAAAGUUGUUAAAUCUGAAAUGAUUGAGAAUGAAAAGAACUAUAUACUAGUUGACGCUACCCCCCUUCAUCCAUUUCAGUUAACUUGGAAGUAAAAAAUGUCCGUCACAAUAGAGGUGAUAUGCCCUACAUCAGGUAAAAAUGGUUCGAUAGUGUUGAACUCGUAUAAUGCUCCAGAGAGGUCGGUCACAAGUGGGGAAUCCCUCAACAGGUAAAGUAUAUGGGCCCAGGGGGUUUGAAUUGGCUUGUAGAUUCGGGGAAUGAAGUUUUGGUUGUGUAUAUCAGGAGUGUACUCUCGAAAACAGUUUCUAAGCCUGACCACCGCAGAUUUCAGCAACUGGAUAAGUGAACGAAAUGAAAUACGUUCCAACACCAGGAAAUUUAUCCUUUCGCUGAAUGAACGAAGUGAAACUCGUGUCUAUGUUUGGACGCACGAAGUCAGUUUCUUAACUGUAAAGCCCUCCUGAAAUUGGACCACAGGAAACCGAGAUGUUUUGACGGUCAAUAAGCUAUUUUCUGAGGACGGAAACUAACGGAAUUGAGAGAAUGAAAUUAGUUUCAAGGUAUAAGAAAGAGCACGACAGCUGUCAUCCAAGUCGGACCUCCCUUCGUGACAUUCACCGACUUGAAGCCAAUGUCUUUGUCUGAACAUAGAUGCUACCUGAAAUAUAUUGAGGGCUGACCGAAAGUUUUCUUCAAAUGGAAUACCGAGAUCUGAAUUUAGAGAGAAAUUUACAAUAGGUGUAGAUUUUUUUUUUUUUUACUGAUCCGACGUCCUAAAAAAAUAAAAAAAACAAGAGAUAACUCCCUUUUUCCGAAAUACCUCCUUACCUUUUAAAAACAGAAGAGAUAUUUUU